AUGCCCCCCAAGGCCCAGAAGACUCCCACCACCGGCGGCAAGGCCCCGGCCGGCAAGGCUCCCGCUGAGAAGAAGGAGGCUGGCAAGAAGACCGCCGCGCCCUCUGGCGACAAGAAGAAGCGCACCAAGACCAGGAAGGAGACCUACUCCUCCUACAUCUACAAGGUCCUCAAGCAGGUCCACCCCGACACCGGUAUCUCCAACCGCGCCAUGAGCAUUCUCAACUCUUUCGUCAACGACAUCUUCGAGCGCGUCGCCACCGAGGCCUCCAAGCUCGCUGCCUACAACAAGAAGUCCACCAUCUCAUCGCGUGAGAUCCAGACAUCAGUCCGUCUGAUCCUGCCUGGUGAGCUUGCCAAGCACGCCGUGUCUGAGGGUACCAAGGCUGUUACCAAGUACUCCUCUUCCACCAAAUAG